AUGGCCAUUCACCAUGAAACCUGGGCUUUCGUUUUUGGCCUUCUAGGCAACGUCAUCUCCUUUAUGGUGUUCCUCGCUCCAUUACCAACGUUUUACCAAAUCUACAAGAAGAAAACUGCUGAAGGAUUUCAAUCACUGCCUUAUGUUGUUGCACUGUUUAGUUCGAUGCUCUGGAUUUAUUACGCACUCGUCAAGAAGGAUGCUACUCUCCUUCUCAUUACCAUUAACUCCUUUGGAUGUGUGAUAGAGACAACUUACCUUGUCAUCUUCCUAGUAUACGCCCCAAGUAAAAGCAGGCUUUCGACCAUCAAGCUUCUUCUGCUGUUGAAUGUUUUUGGGUUUGGAGCGAUGCUUCUUUCAACCCUCUACUUUACAACAGGAUCCAAACGUCUUACUGUAAUUGGAUGGAUUUGCCUUGUUUUCAACAUAAGUGUAUUUGCUGCUCCUCUCUGCAUUCUGAAACGUGUGAUAAAAACGAAGAGCGUAGAAUUCAUGCCGUUCAGUCUGUCCUUCUUUCUGACCGUAAAUGCCGUGAUGUGGUUCUUCUAUGGCCUUCUUCUCAAGGACUACUACAUCGCUCUCCCAAAUACGCUUGGAUUUCUGUUCGGGAUAAUUCAGAUGGUGCUGUAUUUGAUUUAUAGAAAGGCCAAGCCGAAGACAUUGGAGGAGCCAACCAAGUUACAGGAACUGAAUGGUCAUAUUAUUGACGUGGUGAAGUUGGGCACAAUGGCACCACCCUCUGAGCCGAAUCAGGUCACGAAAAGUGGUGCUGUGACUGAGACAGGUAGCAAUGUGUGA